AUGAACUCAGACUUGAAAAGUGUUGGAUUUAUCGAUUAUAUUGUUCACCCGCUAUGGGAGACGUGGGGUGACCUGGUACAUCCGGACGCUCAAGAGAUACUGGACACGUUAGAGGACAACCGCGAUUGGUACCACAGUAUGAUUCCCAUGAGUCCCACCGCUCAAGAACUCAGUGCACAGGAGGCGGAGGGUGUGGGACCCGUACGUGACUUAGCGGCCGCCGCAGAGAAAAUCAAAUUUCAGAUCACUUUAGAAGAGCCCGAAGACGAAGAGGAAUACGAAGAGUCUGCGGAACAGUUAGAGUAGACGUGAUUUGUCCGCCAGUUUUAGGAGAAAAUUGAUUUAUUUUUUAAUUGGACGUGAAUUUCAUAUUCAAAUUGAAUGCAAACCACACGACAUACAUGUGCUGAGAGGCUGGGAUUGAGUGCAAUGAACUAAUUGGAC